GUCAGUACCAUCAUCAUGUUGGACCGCGUGAAAACAGGGGAUAAGAAUGUUGGGGUGUAUUGGACAGAUAAGAAGGAAACCUUUAACCCGUUCGAGGUGGAGGUGACAGAUGUUGACCAGAGAGUGGAAUUCUCCACUUGGACUUAUGAACUGAGCCACAAAGACAAGAAAGCACCUCAGCCCAUCAAACAAUUCCGCUGCCCAUUUUUCACGAGUGAACCAACACUGGAGACUAUACCAACGCUUUUGACUGUACUGCAGAGUGUUGAAAUGUGGCGAGAUAAGGCUGGCGACGGACCUGUACUGGUUCAUUGCAGGGAUGGCGUGACAAAGAGUGGGUUGUUCUGCGUGGUUUGGACCGUGCUAGAAAGACUGAAGGUUGACCAGAACGUCAAUAUCCUACAGACUAUAAAGCAGAUGAGGAACAACAGACCGGAGAUUAUAACAGAUGUGGGUCAGCUUAACUUCAUCCACCAGGUCGUCAUGGGAUAUCUGGACAACUUCCAAACCUACGCUAAUUUCAGACCAAUGACAACAGUUUCGGAGGCGAUGUAAAAUAAGUUCAGCAAAGAUUCCACUAAUAGUUUCUACGCUAUGACUGGAUUAAUCAAAACUGUUUCUUAUUUCCAUUUGCCAAACAUGCUGUGGCCUCAGUGUUGUAUAUUUGUGUAACUUUAUGCCAUAACUGAUGAGCUUUUAUGUCAAUGGUUUGUCACUGUUGAUUCUGUUGGUGUUGAUUAAAACUGUGUUGUGUUGGGUGUGCUGCUCACUUUGUUGUUGUUGUAAAGGUAGGGGUUUAGGACGUGAAGUUUGUGUUGUAACUGUUGUGAAAAUGCGUUCAAAUCAUGACUACUGUGUGCUUAUUGCUGUAAAUAUGCUUUGUUCCUGUAAUGGUCAUUCAGAUGAUUGAGUUUUUGAUUUAAUAAUGCGGUUUCUAGGUCAUGAUGAUAGUGCUAUGUUUGGUGUAAAUUUACGCUUUUUAGAUCAUGAUGAUUGUUUUAUUGAUUUAGUAAUACGCUUUUUAGGUCGUGAUCAUAGUGUUUUGAUUGGUGUAAGUUUUGGUUUUCAGAUCAUGAUCAUAGUGCGGUGAUUGGUGUAAAUUUACGUUUUUAGGUCGUGAUGAUUGUGCUGUUGAUAAAGUCAUGAUAAUAGCUAUAUUAUUUGUGUCAAUUUACGGUUUAUAGGUCAUUAUUUAUGUUUAUAUUGCUAUGAAAUUUUCGGGUUUUGGUUAUUUUUGUUUUCCUCAUAAAUGUGCGAUUUUGAAUGUUUUAUUGAUUUGAAACUCUGAUUAAAUAACAAAUUAGUUAUGCCGUCAUUACCGUAAAUGUAUUGUUUAGGUUUAAAGGAGAAGAAAACAUAACAAUGAUGUCAAAAUUUGAUGAAAGAUCAAAUUAACAAACUUAACAGCAAAUAUGGUCUUUAAUAAUUUUUUUAUUUUUUAUUUUGCAGGCGAAAAGGGUGUUACAAAACUUUUUUGUACGGUGGGUAUUUGGGACCACCUUUUAGUAUUUAUCAUCGUUACAUAAUAUUGUUCUAAAUAAGGAUGUGAUGCCUGUCUAAUAAAUUUAUUUGAAAGUGAAUUUGUAGUUUAUAUCCACACAUAUGUCUUUAAUCUGAAUGAUGAUAAUAUUUAUGAAUAUAUAAAAAUGAAAUAUGAUCAAACUCCAGGUUGAACACAUUUUUUAACUGAAAAGAUCAAAUUCUAGGGCAAAUAUAUUUAUUACACAUGUGUUACAUCCUCAUUUAAAGAAUUAUCACACAAAAACUAUAUAUACCACAAGGUGGUCCAAAAUUCCCCCAUACAAAAUUAUUUUCAAUUGUUUUUUUCUCUUUAAAUAAAAAUUUAAACAAAAAUAUUGAAGACCACAUUUUUAACUAACCUUUCGCACUCUUUCAUCUGAACUUGAUGUAAUUUUGAUGUUUUCUCCACCUUUAAGCUCAGUGUGUUGCUAUUGGUAAACUUUUGCUUUUUUAUGUUAUAAACGCUUACUUCUCCAAAGAUGUUCAUUGUAAUUGCUUUAUUCACAUUGCAAUAUAUUUUUGACACUUAAAUUUAUUUACAAGAACUUAGCGUGGGCAGGUCAGGCAGCAACCUGCGGGUGGCCAUAGAUUUCCCGCGGGACUCUGCCCGGUUUCCUCCCAUCAUAAUACUGUCUGUUGUCCUGUAAGUGAAUAUUGUAAAACACCAAUCAAAUAAUUAAAUAAAUAUUAACGAGAACAAACCUAGUAAAUCCAUUUUAAAUAUACAGGUUAGUAAACACUUAUUUACCUGUUAGAAAUAUGCAAUCUUCCUCGUAGGAUUUUUAGAGCUGUUAAAAAAACAAACUGGCGCAUUUGUUUGAAAAACUCCUAGCAUUUUGGACAUCUUGCAUAUCUGUGUUUUGUGUGACGAUUUUAUAUUAUUAUAAUUGGAGUGGUCAACUUUUUCUAACAUAGAUGGGUUUUUCGAAAUGUAGCUGUAGCUGAAUUAGUCAAGCUGGAUGAGAUGUUAUUGAUAUAUAGGUGAGGUGUUUUUGGUCCUGCCGAUUUUUUUAGUGUUGUAAUGUCACAUUGUAUAGAGCAUGUUGUGUCUGCUGUUAUUGCGGUAAAGACAUGGUUUUAGGUUCUGCUGGAUCCGUUGGUAUUGGAGUAAAGACACGGUUUUAGCAUGCACGCCAGAAGGAAAAAACUUUUGAGAACAUUAUUUCAGCAACCUCUUACUCACGGGUAGAAAGGUAUUACUACAUUCGGUGUCGUGAUUAGAGUUGGAAGAACUUCCUGUGACGCCAGAGUUCCUAAACUCUGAGAGUAUGGUCCAUAAAGCCCAUCUUUGAAUUCAAACCCUUGAACGCCUUUGAUUGGAGUAAACCUUUGACUCUCUUCACAAAAAUUUAAAAAAUCAAUGAAAGUAUAUUUAUGCAUAGUGUUAAAUGGCCUAUUUAGCGAUGCCCACUUCGAUUUUAGGGAUCUUCUCCUUUAACCAAACAGUAUAUUUGUUUCUAGCUAUUAUAAAGGUUUAUUUUGUCCUGUAAGAGAUAGUUGCUAAUCUCUAAAUUUACCUUGUGACAUAUUUUUGAUAUUUACAUUUUAAGAACAAAUCUAAUAAAUCCGGCUAAAAUUGGACUUUUUAUUGACACAAUAAAAACUGGUCUGUUUUUUUUCUUAACUUUGUUAGCCGUUUUGAUUGACCCACAUUUGAUUUCUAUUUUUAAAUAUCAGUCUGUACAUUUAACUGUACGUUUGGUGUCUAAUAUUCCAUCUUUUAGUCGC